AUGCAGGCGAUCGACGACAUUCGGGAUUGUUUGUUCAAAGUGGUACGUGCAGAAGAAGAAGUGCGUUGUAGUUUAUUUUUCAAUUGAUUGCAAAAGAUCAUCGACGAAGCCGAAGGCUAGUUCCGCCUGAGCAGUCUGUGUGCACUCCUAAGUACGCCGCCUUACACCGAAACUAAUCGAUUCCGAUUGCAGUUUAUCAUCUACGGGCAAAAGUUAAAGUAUAAACGUGUGAAAAGCUUUUCUCAGGUUUGCAAGCUCGACUACACGGCCCAGCGCGAGCUUGCGAAGUUACAAAAUGAACGGAAGAUGGAGGGUGACCCGCUGCGGUCCGCGAGUCGGUUCAGUGCGAAGGAGAAAAAUCUGGACGCGGACAUCCGGCGGGCGCAGGGGAAGGUGGAGCUGGAAGCGCAGACGAACCGGGAGAAGGAGAGGUUUGUGCACCCG